AGAGCAGAGGGAGGAGGAGGAGGAGGUGCUUUUAGGAUUAUCUGGGGUCUUUGCCAAGGCGGUAGAGCAGAGUUUGAACCGCUGUGGCGCACAGGGACAAAACAGUUUUUGGUGUUUUCACUGCGGAGGACAGGUCGCUAAAAAGUUCCCACUCAUUAACACUUGGAGCGAUGGAGUAAAAUCACGAUCCGAGCCUAACAACAACAUCUGCGAGCUUGAAGGAUGUUUCUGGAGAUGGCCUGAACUGUUCUUUUUUUUCUUCUUCAAGAGACCUUUCUACACACAGACUAACCCUGCAAUUUGCGGAUUGGCAGGAGAGCUCGGAGCAUGCAGUUUAUAGAGACAAACUCGGGUUGAUCCCAAUCUGGACUUUUAGUGUUGUUUUUAUUUUUUUUUUUCCCUCUCUCAGGCCGAGGUCGGGGAGGAGAUGAGUGCUCAGGAUGGGACUGUGCCUCGGUACCGAAAUCACAGAGGAGAAGAAGGCGAGGAUACACAGUGCGAAGCUAGACAGAGACCUGUACGAGUACGCCAAACGGGAGAUGAAUGUGGUUAAAAUCCUCCUGUUAGGUGCAGCAGAGAGCGGUAAAAGCACUUUGGUCAAGCAGAUGAAGAUCAUCCACAGUAAUGGAUUCACCAAGCAGGAGCUCACCAGCUUCAAGCCUGCAGUUCUGGAUAACCUCCUGACCUCCAUGAAGUUUGUCCUCCACGGCAUGGGCGUCCUUCGGAUCAACCUGGCUAACAACAGGAACAAGGUCCACGCCCAUUCUGUCCUAUCGUGUGGGCGGUGCUUUGACGAAGAGCAGGUGCUCUUUCCGUUCAUUAGCCACGCCCUGUCCUGUCUGUGGGUCGACCAAGGGGUGAGGACCGCGGCGGCCCGAGGAUACGAGUAUGAGCUCAAUGACUCUGCACUGUAUUUCUUUGAGAACAUGACCCGCAUCACUUCUCCAGAUUACGUGCCCACGGAGACAGAUGUUCUGCGAGUACGACUGAGGACAACAGGCGUGAUAGAGACCCAGUUCAAAGUCAACCACCUAAUUUUCAGGAUGUACGACGUUGGAGGCCAGAGAACUGAGCGGAGGAAGUGGAUUGGUUGUUUCGAGGAUGUCAGGGCCGUGCUGUUUGUGGUGUCGCUCAGUGGUUACGACAUGACCCUGGUGGAAGACCCCUCCAUGAAUCGUCUCCAGGAGAGCCUGAAACUCUUCUCCAGCAUCUGCAACAACGUCUUCUUCCGCAGCACGUCCAUGAUUUUAUUCAUGAACAAGAUAGACCUCUUUCAAGACAAGAUUUUACAUUCUGAGCGACAUCUGCGGUUAUACCUGCCACAGUUUAAAGGUGCAGACUGCGAUGUGGAUUCGGCGGCCCGCUUCAUUGCUGCCACGUUCGUCUCGCUCAAUGCCACGCCCAGCAAACUCAUCUACCACCACUUCACCACAGCCACAGACACCUCCAACAUCCAGGUCGUGUUCCAGGUGGUUAUGGACACGAUAAUCAAAGAGAACUUGGAGGCUGUUUCGCUCCUGUAACAAGACUUCGCUGCGCAGUCGGCCUCAUUUUAAAGACUCAAAUAGUGAAAAAAGGUGUUGAACAGAAACAUGAAGAUCAUCUGCUUCAAACGUUUUGUCUUUUUUUUUCCACUGUUGCAUUUUCAUCCUCUGCCAUUUUUGAUUUCAAAAACAUUGAAGAAGACGGAUCACUUGGAUAAUUCUUUGUCGUGGGGUUGAGCCCUGAAAAGUUGACUUUUGCAUCCUUGUGCUGAGACUAAUGGGCAUUUAUAUUUUUGUACUGUACUGUAGAAUCAGAGUAGGAAUGGUGAUGUUAUUUUCUGAUGACUUGAUAUAUGCACAUACCAUUUAUUUGCCCAUCUCUUCCUCUGUGUAUGUGUGUGUGGGCAGGACACAGAGGGUGUGAGGAUUUACUGUUUGUCCUUUAUUCCUCAGCGCAGUGUUCACUCAUGCAUACCAUCAUGUGUUUUCCGCUCAUCCAUCACUGUGUCCUCGCUGUGCACAUCCUGUGCGUCACACCCUGCUAAUGAGGUGGUGAUCGCUGUAAAAGCACCUCAGUUUGUGUUGACUUGCCCUGAGCUGAAAUCGCACAUACACACUCCAUUCAUUUUAAUCUGUGCUUUUGCUCAGUCCCCAGACUUUUACCAAUCAGCGAUGAUGCUGAGAAACUUUAAUACGAGAAGCAAGAGAGAGCGCAUGUAAAGACACAUCCCUGAAGCUUUUAAUUUUCUUCCUCUCAUGAUUAUUGUUUUAAUAUCUCACUCUCUGAUUUGUCAACUAGGAUGAUGCCUCCUAUAUUUGAUUUGUGUGGCAUAAACUCUGCUGGGGUCUGUUUGGAAGGCUCCCUUGAGCAACUGACUGUUAUCACACUAACUCCUCUUCUGUAAUAAACAAAAUAUGGUAGUGACUGAUACAGUCUGAUAUGAAUACUGUAGGUGAAAGAAAAGAGAAAAACACCCCUAAGUGCCUUAUGAUGAAGUGUUGUUGUUUUUGUUUUUUUUGUCAUGUACGUGUAUGUAUGUUUCCCUUUUCUCUUUAUUUCCACUUUCGGAAUAAAUCUUUGUAUCUCUUUUGUAUAGUCAUACAGACCAUGCGCUCAGACUGUUAUUUGAUGGUUUGUACCUUGUAUUGUACUGCAACUUUGCAAUACAAAAUAAAUGUGAUAGGCUGACUACCUUAUAUAUGUUUUCU